AUGGCCGACUUCGAUGGGCUUGUUCGCCCAACUCGCAAGAAGUUCGCUAAACCCCCGGUCAAAGUCGCUUGUCUACCCUGUCGCGCCUCCAGGACAAGAUGUGGCGGUCAAAUGCCAUGUUCCAAUUGUGUGAACAAAGACCGCGAGUGUUCCUAUUUACCCAGCAAGAGAGGCGGUCCUCGCAAGAAGAAGGAGAAAUCCUCUACUUCGCCUGAAAGGCAUCAGUCCCAAGAUGUUCCUUAUCCCGCUAUGCCCUCACCGGGGUUUGAGGAAUGUAUGUGUGUAGACUAUUGUCAAACAGAGAACCAACAAAUCAAUAUCGUGACACCUUCUAACGGUAUUUUAGCGGGAAUGUUCAGUCAAAUUGAUGACCUCUCACUACCUGGCGCGGGUCUGCGCCAUCUAGAUUUCCAAGCCGAGGUACCCUCUAUCUUCCAGGGUCUCUUCAACAGCGAUGGAACCCAAUCGCAUAUGCAGGUCCCCCCAAUCUCGCCAUCAUUGAUGGGCACCGAGUCCUAUGUGAGGACCUAUGGCAGUGAGCCGGAGAUAUUAAACGCCUACUAUGAUUUUAUUCACAAUUAUUUUCCAAUUCUUCCGCCACGGGCAUCACCGCCAUGCCGGGAUCGACCGCUCAACUGUCCCGUUCCAGGUUCCAGUUCAUCCGAACCGACGAUGAUCUACCGCCCCCGUUCGCCUCUGAGUCUGGCACUCUCCGCGAUAUUAGCAUUAAUCCCGCAUCCGAGUGAUCUCGAUCCAGACUCUGGAGCAUCGAUUCUUCAACGCCGAGCCUACGCCCACAGCUUCGCCCAGCUGGCCAAUUCGACUAUCGAGGCAGAGUGCGAUCUCGAUUUAUCGUCAACCGACCCGGGCCAAGCAUUGUCCGCCGGACGACCUUUGGUCGGACGACAACGAGUCCAUCCCCAAUGCCCGGUUGAUUACGAGAGUCUGUUGGCGUUAUUAGUGCUUUCGACCUAUGAGUAUGCCCAACGGGGGAAUCUGCUCAAAAUGCGGUACCGUGCGGGCCAGGCUCUAGCAAUUGCACUGGACAAAUCCUUGCAUGCCCAAACGGGGAAUGACGAAUUCUCCGAGGCCCGACGGAGAGCCUGGUGGAUGACGUACUACUGUGUGGUUCAAGGAUCGAUCGUGAGCACAACCAUGCCCGCUAUAGUGAUCAAUGAUCCUCAAUUCACGACCCCAUACCCAUCAUUCUCAUCAGAUGCUGAGGGUUGGUCUAUUCUGAUACAGUCACAGCAAGUGCUCGUAUCCGCCACUCAGUUCAUUGGUGAUUUGAAUAAAUGUCUUGCUUCCCAAUCAGGGAUGUACCAUAUGUUUGAACGAAUGCAACAACUAGACGCAUGGACAAAUUCGGUGAUUGCACAAGUCGAGCUCCUCCCACUAGUACCCCAAACAUCAGACUUCGGCGACCACAACGAAUCCAUAACGGCUCAAAGCAUCCGUGCGAUCUCCCGAAUCAAACUAUGCAGUGCACAAAUUAAAACUCAUCGCUACCGCGCCUUCUCCGACAUCCCACUCUUCAUUAAAAAGCAUUGCGACUUAACCUCCGCCAACCCAAGCACUCCCAACACCCUUCCAAAACAAGGCAUCCACAACGUCUCCUGCCCCUGCAGCAGUCUAGAUACCUUCCAAAGAGCCGCCUCCACAGAAUACAUGACCCCCUCCGACUCAUCCACCUCAUCAGACAUUCACCCAGACCCAUCAUCCUACGCCCCCCAAUAUCCUCAGUACCCAUUCGCCUCCGGAUUCCCGUACAGCACCCAACAAUCCGGCAAAAUCUGUCUCCAGGCCUCCCUCCUAAUCUCCCGUAUCUUCCACGGCCUACCCACGCCCCAACCCCUUUCUGAUGCACGACACCAACGCCCAUUACCAAGGACCAUGCCUUCAUUCGCAUGCUGCCUUAUUCAAAGCAGCUAUGCCAUGUUCAUGAUCUACUAUAAGGCGCGCGUUGCGAAGCAGCUCUCACCAGUCCAGAAUGAGAAGGGCGAUGAUUCAACGGGUCAGCUUAUUGAAGAGCUAAGACAGGGCCUGGGACGGAUUAUUGCGGCCGUGUCGAACUAUUCCAUCGCCUUUGAGGCGCUGGAUGGGAUGAGAGAUGAAAUUGAGGGCGCAUAUAAAACGGCGUUUUCUAUGUCUGUUUAA